GUCAGCGGAAGUCUUUUGAGCGUACUCGAGGUCACAUUGGUCCUGCUUCGUAAUGUUUUGAGAGACAUCGCCACAAUGGAGGCAGUCAACACAGAAGAGAUCCACCUGAGGCAUGUGGAGAAAGAUGUCCUUAUCCCCAAAAUGAUGAGGGAGAAAGCCAAGGAGCGCUGUGCUGAGAAAGUUGAAGCCUUCAACCACUGCUGUAAAGACUCUGGUUUCUUGAUGGCGUUUAAGUGUCGGGAGGAGAAUGCAGCACUGAAGGAAUGUCUGACGAUACACUACAGGGACCCUGUGUUCUUCGAGCAGUGUAAGCAGGAGUACAUCAAAGAGAAAAUGGAGUUUGAGAGGACAGGGAUCGCAUCAAAGAACAGGAAACAAAAACUACCGACUAGCAUGUAAUGAACAACAUGACACCCAACUUCCCUCGUUUUAAGGUGCUGGCUGUGACGGUCAGAACCAGAACCAAGUCCUAAGAACCAAAGGAUACAUGGUCAUCUGACAGGGUUUAUUAGUCUUGAAAGAACAAGCCUGUGCAUUUUAUUUAAAUCUGUGGAGUGAGUGCAAGUAGUUUGAUGUGCAAGAGUGGUAUAUAAUCAAAACAAGGAGUUUUUUUUGUUCUGUAUAUUUGCAAAAUGUUGGCCAGAAUAAUCUUCCUCACUUGAUUGAGUCAGCAGCAUUUAUCUUGCGUUGCCACUAAACUUAUAGAUUGAUAUACCAUACAGAAAGAUCUGAUCAUAGUCACCUCCUGAACCUAAACCUGGGAGUUUUCACUGAAGUGUAUAGCUUCAGCUUUGGAGGCACAGUGUAUGUUAGAGAACUGUGACAUCUAAGUGACCAAUGUGUGAUCAUGUGACAUAUGCAAUGAAAUGUGACAUUGUGAAUAAAAAUAUUCAUCAGCAG